UACAAAGUUACUUACUACUAUCACUCACCAAAAAAAAACACACUUAUCGACUGGGGUUUGUUCUGACGUGGCAAAAAGAGAGUGGGUGAAGUCCGAGACCGAGAGAAAGAGAGAGAGAGAGAGAGAGAGAAAGAGUGUUUGCCUUUUCUUUUCUUAUAAUUUAUAACAGUGAAGAAGAAGAAGAAGAAGAAGGUGAGAGAAUCGGGGUGGGGGUUGUGGCAUGGAAGGGCUGGCCAUGCUGAGGCAGCUCAUCGGUCAGCUUCAGGAGCUCUUGGAACUCUACGGCUCUCAUCCUUCUUCACUUGUUCUUCCUUCUCCUUCACUUUCUCCUCUUCCUCAUCCACUUCAUCUUCUUCAACCUCUGCCUCCUCCUCCUCCUCCUCCUCCUCCUCUUCUCUCUCAAUUUCACUCUCACCAUCAACGCCAACAACAACAACGACAACACCACAGUUGGUGCGUCCUCAAUGUUGAUGAUGGUUCUGCAGAUGAUUACUACAGUCUUAUAAUGGCGGCUGGAAAAUCUGGAAAUUUCAAGAUGUUGGAACCUUGCAAGCCUCCACAUGCUAAGAAGCCUAGGAAGGAGAGGACCCGGGGCAAAUUAUCUGGGACUACCAAUACAGCUGAGAUUAUGGAACAACAAAUUUGGAAAGAUUUUCCAGAAGACCUUUUUGAAGCUGUUAUUGCAAGACUUCCCAUUGCUACUUUUUUCCGCUUUCGCUCAGUUUGCCGGAAAUGGAAUUCCUUGCUGGACUCUCAAAGUUUUUCUCAACAUUGUGCCCAAGUCCCACAAGGAAAUCCCUGGUUUUAUACCAUUACCCAUGAAAACGUAAAUUCUGGAGCUAUAUAUGACCCCUCCUCGAAGAAAUGGCACCACCCCACCAUUUCUUCUCUGCCCAAUAAAAUGAUUGUUUUGCCAGUGGCUUCAGCAGGGGGUCUAGUGUGUUUUCUUGAUAUUGGUCACAGGAACUUUUAUGUAUGCAACCCUCUGACUCAAUCAUUUAAAGAGUUGCCCGCUAGGUCAGUCAAGGUUUGGUCUCGUGUUGCAGUGGGGAUGACACUGAAUGGGAAUUCAACCUGCGGGGGCUACAAGAUCCUGUGGGUGGGGUGUGAUGGGGAGUUUGAAGUUUAUGACUCGUUGAAGAACUCCUGGACCCGUCCAGGACACAUGCCCUCGAGUAUUAAGCUGCCACUAUCCCUGAACUUUCGGUCACAGGCUGUUUCCAUUGAUGGCACGCUUUACUUCAUGCGUUCAGAUCCUGAAGGAAUUGUGUCCUAUGAUAUGGUUAAUGGGGUUUGGAAGCAGUAUAUAAUUCCCGCCCCACUACAUCUGACUGACCACACACUCGCAGAGUGUGGAGGCCGGAUCAUGCUUGUGGGGUUACUGACAAAGAAUGCAGCCACAUGUGUUUGCAUAUGGGAGCUGCAGAAGAUGACACUCUUGUGGAAGGAGGUUGACAGAAUGCCAAACAUAUGGUGCUUGGAGUUUUAUGGAAAGCACGUUAGGAUGACUUGCUUGGGUAACAGAGGCUUGCUCAUGCUGUCCUUGAGAUCGAGACAAAUGAAUCGAUUGGUUACUUAUGAUGUAUCAAACAGGGAAUGGCUGAAGGUUCCUGGAUGUGUGGUGCCACGUGGGAGGAAGCGGCAGUGGAUUGCAUGUGGCACUGCAUUUCACCCAUGCCUGACUGCUAUUGCGUGAUUUGGCUUUUCUCUGUAAUAUAUCAAACAGGGAAUGGCUGAAGGUCUGUGGGUGUGUGGUACAAAGUGGGGGGAAGAAGCAGCAGCUGUGGCAGCAGAUUGCGUGUGGCACUGCAUUUCACCCUUGCCUGACUUCUACCGCUUGAUUUGACUUUUCUCAGUUGCUGGAAGAAUCAGCAUGUCAGGGAUGGGAAGUUUCAUUUCAGUACUGGUCUUAUGCAUGGUUGGCUGAAAGCUCUUGCUGCAAACUGUUUUAGCCAAAUUUGCGUUGUUUUUUUAGUUAAGCAGAUGAUUAAGCAGAUGAUAUCUUGGGUUGUAUGAUUAAUCACAUUUCCCUUCUCCAUGUACAAACUAGACAAAUAACUUUGGUUUCAUGAAACAGAGUUCAGAAUGCCAAUCGGUCAGCUGGAUAUGGGGGCUAUAAUCUCUGUUUAGUUUAAAGUGAAAAUGAAACUAUUUGUUUGUUUU